GCUCUCUGCUUCUACUUAUGUUCUUCAAUCUUAUCUAUCGAUUCAUCCGACCCUCCACAGCCUACUAUGUACAACUUUUGAUAAUACUGGUAGCAGAAGCAUUGGAAGCAAAAAUGAUGGAGCAUGGCUUCUCUAAUAUCCGCACUCCCUUCUUCUUCUUCUUCUUCUUCAGUCAUAGCUGCUGUGCGAUUUCCACCGCCACGUUCCAGUGCUCUCAGCCUCUCCCGCCACCAACAGCCCCUCCUUCUCCGCACUUUCACGGGCCUUUCUCCUCUAAACCCUCUCCUCUCCAUUGGUUUCUCUGACUGUACCAGUUAUGAAAAUGGGUUCCCUUCUGUUGAUAAUGGGUAUCGAUUUUUCGCAAUGAGACAUGGAAGACGAGUUCCAAAACUCAAUCGGCCUCCAGACCAGCGCCGGGCACUUCUCAGAGGCGUCACUACUCAGCUCCUUAAACAUGGGCGGAUCAAAACCACUAGCGCUCGUGCGAGCGCCAUGAGAAAUUAUGUUGACAAAAUGAUUACUUUGGCUACGGAUGGUUCUCUCCACAAGAGGAGACAGGCGCUGGGCUUCAUCUAUCAAAAGCAAAUCGUCCAUGCAUUGUUCGCGGAGAUCCCAGAUAGGUACGGCGAUAGAAAUGGUGGAUAUACCAGAAUUAUCAGAACUCUGCCAAGGCAAGGGGACAAUGCACCCAUGGCACAUAUUGAACUUGUUUAGUUGCAAAAGGCUUUCUGCACAUGGGAAAACAAAUGGGUCGGUCCACCACAUCAAUGCUUUACAGAUUUACUGCUUCCCAAUUCAUUAUAUAGUCAAAAGUAGAACUGUAGAGUCAAAAAAAGACUGGUCUGAUAUUUUAUGUAUGAAUGUAAUGUUAUAUUUCCACCUUUAUCAUUUCUCUAAUGCAUCUACAUUUCCAAGGUCGGCUGCUUCUGUUUCUUGUUUGACUCUUGAAAAUUGAACUUUUUUGGAUGUGUUAUUGGAAGUUUGACACAUUUUGUAAUAUGGGUGUAUAGGAUUGAAAAGAAAGAUUCCUUCUUUUAGGUGUGCGUAAACUCGGUUUAACGUCUACGAGGAAUAGAGGAAAGGUGAAUCUAAUUUUUAUGCUUUCUGUGCUGUCUUCUCAAGUACAACUAAUAAUUUCUCAUACUAUAAAAUAAUUUUCUUUUCUUUA